CAUUGUGCUGUUUACUUCUAACAAUGUAUUGUGUAACAUCUUUCAAUAUCGAUUUUUAGAUUAUUAAAUGAUCUCAUUCGAGAUAAUUAUCGUUGAACAAACUUUAGAUUUCUUCAGUCGCAUUUUCUCCCUGAAUCUGUUUUCAGUAAGAUCAACUAUGGCAAUACGGGAUGCUUUAAGGUUAAUGAUCAUAUUACUACUCCUUGAUGCUGUGCUAGCUAUGACGCCGCCUUCGUUGUCGCCACCACCUUCGACGUCGCCACCACCUUCACCGUUUUCUCCAAUAGUCAUUCCAUCAGCCACAUAUGGACAAAGUUAUCAACGAAUCAUAAAUACUACUGUUGAAUAUGUAUUUUUAUAUGCUCGUAAUGCAUCAUUGGAAACUGCAAGGAUAAAGGUAGAAAGUAAUGCUACCCAUAGUUUUCCUUUAAUAAUAGCAGUGCGUCAAACAACUGGAAUUCUAUCUUGGCAAAUACCAUUGCUAGUUGAUAGCACAGAUUUAAACUCUGUGACAUACAAUAAAACUAGUAGAAUUCUCUGUUCAACAAAAUAUUAUCGAUAUGCAGUAAGAGAUGAGAAGGAAUUUAUCAUUGUCAGUAUUUCUACAGCUAGUCGAGCAAAUGUCUUUUUCAAUCUUAGUGUGACGGAAAUAGUGACAGAAGAUUUUUACUUAAGUCCAGGAAUUGAAAAAGUGGUAGAAAUCUCUCCAUCUGAGCCUCUGUAUUAUGGUUACAUCUUUCCAAAAGAAAUGGAAAAUACAUCUGUUAUUGUUCGUGUAGAAUCAGACAAUGACAUUUGCAUGACUGUGUCUAUUCAGAAUACAUCAUGUCCUGUAUUUGACUUGGAACGAAAUGUUGAAUUUUCUGGUUAUUGGCAGACUAUAAGUAGGAGAGGUGGUAUUACAAUACCGAGAGAAACUUAUCCGCGAGGUUUUUUUGUCAUACUAGUCGUUAAAGGUGAUGAUGUCGACUGCAAUGACACGUCUAUUAGCAGUCCCCUCCGUACCAAGAAUGUUACAUUAAUUAUAAAUCCUACUAUUACUAAACGUGAUUAUAUCAUUGCGACAGGAUCCGUAAUGACUAUCAUCGUGCUAUUUUGUGUUUUAUAUAUAACAACUGUAGUAAUAUUUAACAUCAAAAAGAACAGAAAGCUUGAAAGGCUAGAGACGAUAAAUGAUCAAAGUGAAGGAACCAAUGAGCAAGCAGCGAGUCCUUCAACAGAGAAACAAUGGGACUCCGUAGAAGACGAUUCAUCGCUGGACGAGGAUGAUAUUGAUAUAAUGGAAGAUGCACUCUCUGACAAGGAUGUAAUACGCACGAAACUGGUCCUCUCGGUUUGCGAUCUCGCUCGUAAAGAGCCGAAGAUACUGCGACACAAAUCCCGUCUGUACUUUUACUACCUGGUAACUGUUGCGGUAUUUUAUACUCUGCCGGUCGUUCAAUUAGCAGUAACAUAUCAGCGCGUGCUUCACACGACCGGAAAUCAGGACAUGUGCUAUUACAACUUCUUGUGCGCCCAUCCGUUGGGUAUGCUAUCCGACUUCAAUCACAUAUUCUCGAACUUCGCGUAUGUCCUGCUGGGUUUGCUGUUCAUCUUUCUAACUUACUCGCGAGAGCACAACGAGUCGAAUAAAGAGGAAGCCAAAUGUUACGGCAUACCGCAACACUACGGGCUUUUUUACGCAAUGGGUACUGCAUUGAUAAUGGAAGGCAUAUUAUCUGCGAGUUAUCAUGUGUGCCCAAAUCGCAGUAAUUUCCAAUUCGAUACCAGUUUUAUGUACGUGAUCGCUGUGCUAUGUAUGAUCAAAAUCUAUCAAACUCGUCAUCCUGAUAUAAAUGCUAGAGCACCCGUAACAUUCGGAAUUUUGGCUCUUAUAAUAUUCGUAGGACUAAUUGGAGUCUUGAACGGCUCCACCUGCUUUUGGGUGAUAUUUACCAUACUACAUUUACUGAUAUGUUUCGUUUUAACAGUACAAAUAUAUUACAUGGGGCGAUGUAAAUUCAACAAAGGCACUUUUAAUAGAAUUAUACAGACAUUCAAACAUGACGCACGCUGUGGUAUAUGGCAUUUAUUGCGACCACUAUAUCCUAGCAGAUUUAUAAUGCUUGUACUAGCGAAUAUGUGCAACGUCGGUCUGGCUGUGUUGGGAAAUAUGUAUCAAGAAAACAAUUUUGCUAUCUUUCUACUAAUUAUAUUAAUGUCCAAUUUAAUUCUAUACACUCUGUUUUACAUCGUAAUGAAGCUGUGUCACAGAGAACGGAUUCUUCUAACACCUGCGAUCUACAUCAUCUUAUCCAUGCUGUUUUGGGGAGCAGCUUUGUACUUCUUCGUAAAUAAAACGAUAUCCUGGGCCCUCACACCAGCCCAGUCCCGCAUUCAUAACAAACCUUGCAAGUUACUUAAUUUUUUCGAUUCUCACGACAUAUGGCAUUUUCUUUCGGCAUUAGCAAUGUUCUUCUCCUUUAUGGUAUUGCUUACUCUAGAUGAUGAUUUAAUAGAUGUACAUCGUAGUCAAAUACCAGUUUUCUGAAGAUAUUUCCUCGGCUAGGAAUUAUCAACAAAUAUUGUUAUACAUAAUUUUUUAGUAUUUUAUAAGAUUAUUCAAAUAUAUACAAUCUAUGAUAUAGGAUGUUAAUAUUAUCAAAAAUUAUAUAAAUUAGAAAAGAAUUAACGACACUUUUGUGAUAAAAAUAAGUCACAGAUAUUUUUUGUGUAAAAGACUCUUGUAAACUCGUAUGUAUUAUAGACUGAUACGAAGACAAGUAAGCACAUAAAUGCAUACGAGAUUUUAUAAGUUUUCCAUUAAAAUCAAUAGGCCGUCUUGACUUAAA